CGUAGUUUCCAUUUUGUUUACAAUAUGGCGGACAAAAAGAAGCCCAACUCUGCAGACGAUCGUAUAGUACAAGAGACAGACAGACAGUUUCUCGAGAGAACAAGUACAGGGACACUUAUCAAAGAUGUGUUGGAGAAAGUUAUCAGCAACCGACCAGAGGAUCCGAUCGCCUUCUUAGCAGAUUAUUUUGAUUCACUAGAAGAUGAGACAAAUUUAGUUUCAAAGGCCAAGCAGAUACUACUGAUGACCCACCACAGUCGACCUGUGUUUGAAACCAACGUCAGAAUGGCUUACAACCUUCUACAGAAACACAAAGUUACGAAGAAAGUAUACGGUGUCAAUGGAACCGUUUACACAGACUUAAUCAAAGCUCUAUGCAAAGACGUUCCUCAGACUGUUCAAAUCAAAUUAUUAAAGAGGAUAGAGUGUGCUGAGCAUGAAUGUAUCAAGUUUGAUGUGUUUUGUUCUGGUGUCUUCACCAGCUGUGUAUUACUUGAUUAUGUGAAGCUGUCGGAGAUGCUUUUCAAGUCUAUAGACCUCCAGAAAAGUGGAAAGGCAGACAAAGUGUUAUGUGAGACAGUCCUGGAUCAAUUAAGAACAGCGUUGGCUAGUAAUAAAUCCGAUGCUAGGAGAGUUGUGGAAUCUGGAUACAACCUGGGACCUGAUGGACUGUAUUAUGCUCUAGACAAGGCCAUGAAAAGAGGGAACCUGAACCAUGGGGCUCAGACGCUGGACCAGUUUACAACGGAGGCCUGUGAUGCCUUUCUGACAAAGGUGAAGAAACUACGGUGAGGAUAUCGUUAUGUGCUGUCAGAGGACAUGAGUGGACAAAUGUUACAGGAUACAAGAAAUAUAAUUAACCAAAAAACACUGGACAGUCACCUAAUAUAUUCAAAUCAACAUUUAAAUUAUUUUUGAGAAAUAUGUAAACUAUGACACUUUUGUGUCUGUUGUCAUCAGAUGACAGUUUCUAUUCCUAUAAAUGCCUUUUUUAAUAAAAAUCUGGAUGUAUUUGAGGAAAUUGUGCUAUUUAUGGCACAAUUACCUCCCUUUAUUUGGUUUCAAAGGUUUAGAUUUUUACAUUUCUAACCCCAUUGUACUUUUUUCAAAGUAUUGGCAUAGAGAACACAAGUAUAAAGAUAAAGAGUACCCACGAAAUCAACGAAAUUAAAACCCCAACGAAUAUUAACCAUUUUAUGGUAUAUCAAGUAAACAAAAGCUGUAUUUAAAAAUGAAGUACCCAGAAUAAGGAGGUUUCACUGAUCUUGCAAAAUGUUGAUUUUUGGAGAAAACUGAUUUUAUUGCCAAACUAAUAUAUAUGACAUGAUCAGUUAUGUCCAACAUUAAGACAUCAAAAGGCUACAAUGUUUUCUGUCCUUAAACCUUGUUUUUUUCUAAACUCACUGCUAUAUAUACGGCUGAGCGUUUCAGUGUCCCUUGUGGUGUAGGUUAAUUACAGUGUCUCUGUAGCAGGAUAUAUGUAGUAUGAUAAAAGGAAAUAUCAGUCACAACGAUCUCAAACAUCAACGGUAAAGUUGUUACUGACACACACUGUACUUACGAGGCCGACUAGUUCCACCUCUGUGUUUGGUGUUUAUCCGUACAGCUCUGUGUAACAAGACCAAAUAAAGUAGGAAGACAUAAGGAAACACCUUAUCAAAACAUAAUCAGUGUAUGUUAAAAAGUUGAUGAAAUUAUUGUUAUUUUGUAACUCCGAGCCUACAAUGUGGGACGGAAUCUGGGAUUCUCAAUGUUUCGGGAGGGAGCUGGGGAAGGGGUCAAUGCAAGUUCUUUAAAAGGAGUAGGGGCUUCAAAAUAUUGAAAUUUGAUGUUAAAAACCUUUGCUUGAAUCAAGGAUCUACUCCUGCAAAGAAAAACAAGAACUUUGUUUGAUAAAGUUUUAUGACUCUGAAAGAGACAUUUAGUGAAUUAGAUAGAAGCUAGUCAUCGGAUCCAUAUCACUGUUCGUUGAAAUGUAGGACCACAAGCACAUGUUUGGGUAAAGGAGAAAAUUGGUAUCGGAGCAAACAUUAAUCCAUGUGACAGGAUGUUUGUUUGUGUCUGUGUUCAUAGAGUGUUUGUUUGUGACUGUGUUAAGUGAUCAUAUCAAUGGAGCAAAACCAGUUAUCUAUGUUUUCUGUGAUGGUUUACGUUUUCAGCUCAUCCAUCACAAAUUGCUAACUAUUAAGCGUAAAUUUUCUCAUUUAAACAUCCUUUUUCUGAAUAGCUGAGAGACCUUGGGUAAAGAUGAUUGGCUAGUAGCACACUUGUAUGAAGGGAAUUUAAGUUUGUUCAAAAGAUAUACCCUGACCCAUUCUUAAGGGUUCAAAUGUGUUGAAAUAUUUAAGCAACUGUUUUUAAUAACCAAGAGACCAAGGGUAAUGAUAUUUGC